AUGCGUUUGAUUCUUUGUUCUCCUCAUCCUCGGCCUCGGGUGGGGUUGCGACAAAAGAGUCUGAAGGGCUGCACAAUGAUCAGUUUUCGGGAGGCAAUGAUUGGGGUUUUGAAUCAGAAUUUGGGGGAGGGAAUGACAAUGGAGGGACAACUGACUGUACGAAGGUGGAAGUUAUUGGAUUUUGCUGAACUCAAGCGCAGUUCCAUUUCAUUUUUUGACAUCGAUAAACCUGAAACUGAUGUAUCACGUUGGUCAACAGCCAGAACCAGAGCUGCCAAGGUGGGGAAAGGUUUGUCAAAGGACUAG